AUGGAAAAAAUUUGGGAUGAUGAUUACCUUUCUGCAGUGAAUUGGGUUCACAAUUUGGCUAACUUGAUAGUUGAGGAUUGCAGAGGCCUCAAGUAUCUAUUCUCAUCUUCUGUGAUUGGAAGUCUUUUAAAACUUAAACACCUUGAAAUAAGCAAAUGUGAGAUGAUGGAGGAGAUCAUUGCUCCGAGCGGCAUUAUUUCACAAGAGGUCAGGUUCACAAAAUUGGAGACGAUGGCAGUUAAAGACAUGGAAAGCUUGAAGAAAGUAUGGCACUUUCAAUUUGAUAGGUUAAAGAGUUUGGAGGUAAGCAAUUGUGGGAAACUUGCGAAAAUUUUCCCAUCUGAUAUGCAGGGGACUUUUGGAAGCCUUGAGACAUUGAAGGUCACCGAUUGUGGUUCAGUGGAAAAGAUAUUCGAAUUAACUGCCAAAGAAAUCCGUAAUGAAGAGGAAACAACGACACAACAAGUCUCACAAUUGAAGAAACUCCAUCUGCUUCACUUGCCAAAGCUGAAACAGAUUUGGAGUAAAGAUGCUCAAGAAAGCCUUUGUUUCCACAACCUGCAACUUGUGUGGGUUGAAGACUGUGAAAACUUGGAAUACCUUUUUCCAUUCUACAUUGCAAUGCAAGCUACUCAACUUGAAGAUGUUACCAUAAUAUAUGCAGAGAGAAUGAAACGAAUUAUUUCAGACAAAGAAGGCCCCAUGUAUGGUCCAGUCAAAUUUGAAUUUAAUCACUUGACCUCUUUGGUACUUUCGCUGUUAUCUGAACUUGAGGGACUUUUUCCUGGAAAAUAUAGUAUACUAUGUCCAUUAUUAAGGGAAUUGGAUGUCCACGCUUGUUGGAAGUUGAAGCUCUUCAAGACUCAAAGUACAGGUGGACCAGACAGAGUUUUUGAUAGUAAACUACAAAUUUCAACACAGCAACCUCUUUUCACACUUGAAGAGGUGAUUUGCAACUUGGAGAGGUUGGCCAUAAAUAGUGAGGAUGCAAGCAUGAUAUUACAGGGGAAACUUUCAGAGAAACACUUCACCAAACUCAAAUAUCUUACUUUGACAAGUUUUGAAGAUGUCAACACUACUUUUCCCUAUUGGUUUCUCCAAAACAUCAGUCUCGAUUGGCUACGAGUUGAAUAUAGUUCCUUCAAGGAGAUAUUCCAAGAAGAAAUAACGACAGAUGACAGAAAAAAAUUUAAGAUCAGAACGCGACUUAAAGCAUUGUCACUCAAUGAAUUGCAUGAUCUCCAGCAUAUAUGUAAAGAAGGAUUUCAAUUAGACCCAGUUCUUGAGGUACUUGAAACCUUAUAUGUGGAUCAAUGUUCCAAAUUGAAACACUUGGUGCCUUCCUCCGUAACUUUUAGUCAGUUGACAUAUUUGGAGGUGGAAAAUUGCAAUGGAUUGAUUCACUUGAUUACCUCAUCAACCGCAAGAAGUUUGGUCAAAUUAAGACUAAUGAAAAUAAUGAACUGCAAUUCACUUGAGCAAAUUGUGGCGGCAGAAGAGAAGGAGGGGUCUGAAGAUGAAAUUGCAUUCAGCAGCUUACAAAUUUUGGAGCUUGAGUGUCUGCCAAUGAUCAAAAGGUUUUGCUCUAGUAAUUGUGUGCUGAACCUUCCAUUGUUGGUGAAUGUUGUUGUUAAGCAAUGCCCAAGAAUGAGGAUCUUCUCUGAUGGAGACACAAGCACCCCAAUGCUUCAUGGGAUACUGUCAAAGAAAGAAGAUGAAAAGAUGUAUUGGGAAGGUGACAUAAACAGAACAGUAAACAAGAUGUUUGUGGAUAUGGUGGCAUUCCAUAGUUUUGAACAUUUAGAGCUGUCUCAGUUUGCUGAGUUAAGAGAAUUGUGGCACAACCGUGUUCAGCCAGAAGCGUAUGGCAACUUGAAAAGCCUUGUAGUGCAGAAAUGUGAUUUUUUAUCCAAUGUGCUUCUACCUUCAAAUUUGGUGCAAGCACUAUCCAACUUAGAAGAGCUUCAAGUAAGUGAAUGUGAUUCAUUAGAAACUGUGUUUGAUUUAACCAACAUGGAUCGAAAGGAAGUCUUUGUUAAGGAGACCAUUCCACUGAAGAGAAUAACUUUCUCUAGUCUACUUAAGCUCAAACACAUAUGGAAACAGAACUUCCAAGAAACUGUCAGUUUUAGAGAAACAACAGAAGGUCAUAUCCAGCAUCACCAUCCAGCAUGUUCCAUUCAAGAGUUCAACAAUCUUAACGCCAUUAGUUUUAGGAUUAAGGUACAAAUUUGCUCUAAAGAUUUUCUUUCUGGGAAUGAAGCUGCAGAUCACAUGGCAGCUUGUGCUAUGGGAGGUAUGGUACCAAAUGGAUGGCUGAGUUGGCCACCAUCCUCCUUGUUGACCUUUCUGCAGAAAGAACUCCGUGGUGCUGAACUGUCUUCGGUUGCUGAUGUGGGAGAAAGAAUAGGAAUUGGUUGUGCUGCUGCUUUUUCCGUGUCUUGGCCGUUGCCUGCUGUACGUUUUCCCAAUUUGCAGCUUGUGUGUGUUGAACACUGUGAGACCGUGGAAUACCUUUUUCCACUCUCCAUUGCAAUGCAAGCUACUCGACUUGAACGUAUUACCAUAAAGUAUGCAGGGAGGAUGAAAGUAAUUGUUUCACGCAAAGAAGGCCUCAUGGACAGUCCUAUUAAAUUUGAGUUUAAUCACUUGACCUCAUUGGUGCUUUGGCGUUUAUAUGAACUGGAGGGAUUUUUUGCUGGAAGUCAUAGUGUACGAUGUCCAGUAUUAAGCGAAUUAGAUGUCCGCCUUUGUGUAAAAUUGAAGCUCUUCAAGACUCAAAGUACAAGUGGCCAAGAAAGACUCUUUGACAUCUCAAUGCAGCAGUCUCUUUUCACACUUGAAGAGGUAUAG